AUGAGAAAACUCAAGGAAAACAUAACACAGGACCAAAAUGACUGUAAGUAUUAAGGUUGUCUUUAUCGGUGGUUCAUGUUAAUAUUCUCUAGAUCUAGAUUAUUAUAUUAUUGGUAAGUUCUAGAUAUUUUAAAUGUAUAAAAGUCUGGUUGACUUGGAAAAUUUGAAAAGCUGUAGGUAACCCAUAAGUCAGUCAUUUGUCCUAAGUACUAUAAACACAUUUAAGAAAAAUUAUACAGGUGUAUCCUAGUCAUCCCAGUCAUCUCAGUCAUCUCAGUUAUCUCUGUCAUCCCAUUCAUCCUAGUCACCCGAGUCAUCCCAGUCAUUUAAGUCAUCCCAAUCAUCCUAAUCAUCCAAGUAAUCCUGGUCAUCCAAGCAAUUCUAGUUAUCCUAGUCACCUUCCUCAUUGCAGUUACCCUGUCUCAGUAACCCUAACAAUUCCAUUCAUCUAAAUUAUCCUAGUCAUCCAACAUUGCUUGUAGAGCUGAACUCGGUAAAUUUCCCAUGAUCAUUGAUAUAAAUAAAAAGAUUCUAAAUUACUUAGACUAUCUGAGAGGUAAAGAUGAAGAUUCUAUAGUUAAACAGGCCUUACCAAUUUCAGUUGACCUUCAUCAUAACAGAAAAACUAGCUUUUACUCUAAUCUCAUGAAAAUGGUUGACUACUAUGAUCUAAACUACGACUUUUCCUGUAAUUCAUUGAGUGACUCAAUAGUUAAUAGGUAUAUUGGCAUAAUGAAAAAUAAAUACGUCUUUAACUGGAGUCAGACCCUUCAACAAUCACAAAAACUCAGUUUUUAUUGUACAAUCAAAGACGACUAUAGCCCCUCGCUGUACCUAGUUUUAACAAGAAAAGACCCUUCGAGAAAAGCAUUAGUUAGAUUUAGAAUAAGUAGUAAUCAACUUAGAAUUGAAACAGGUAGAUACGAAAACAUUCCUCGCAAUGAAAGGAUAUGUCACUUUUGUACAAGUAACACAAUCAAAGAUGAAAAUCAUUUCUUACUAGAUUGUAAGGCUUAUUCUCAGAUCAGAGACAUAUUUUUCUCCAAACUAGAAACUAAAAUACCUGACUUCAAAUCACUUUCACAUGAUACUUUAAUAUCUCUUCUUAUGAAUUCUUCUGAUUAUUUAAUUAACUGUCAAUUAGUUUCAUUUAUCUCGCAAUGCUUUGAAUUAAGAACCAAAUUAAUAUCGAUGAAUGAAUGAAUGAGAACUGUAAUGUUUUGUAAUGUUUUGCACAUACUAAUUAGUUGAAUUAGUACUUAAAUUUAGACUAAUAGCUUUUGCAAUACUGUAAUUCCUUUAUGGUCAUGCAAAUAAAGCAUUUGGUGUUGUUGUUGUUGUUGUUGGAAAUUAUCCUAGUCAUCAUAGCCAUCCUAUUCAUCCUAGUUAUCCCAGUCAUCUAAGUCAUCCUCAUCAUCGUAGCAACCCUAUUCAUCCCAGUUUUCCCAGUAAACAUUGUCGUCACAGUCAUGUCAGUCACCCUUGUGAUCCCAGUCGUCUCAGUCAUCCCAGUCAUCGUAGUCAUCCCAGUCAUCUCAGUCAUCCUUGUCAUCCCAGUCAUCCCAGUCAUCCUAGUAACCCUAGUCUUCCUUGUCAUCCAAGUCAUCCCAGUCAUCGCAGUCAUCCUGGUAAUGCCAGUAAGCCUAGUCAUCCUAGUCAUCCUAGUCAUCCUAGUGACCUUUUCUUUUUUGUCAUCCAAGUCAUACCAGUCAUUCUAGUUACCCUAGUUAUCCCAGUCAUCCCAUUCACCCUAGUUAUCCUUGUCAUCCCAGUCACCCUAGUUAUCCCAGUCAUCCCAGUCACCCUAGUCAUCCCAGUCAUGCCAUUCACCCUAGUCAUCCUUGUCAUCCCAGUCAUCCUAGUCAUUGCAGUGAUCCUGGUCGUGCCAAUAAGCCUAGUCAUCCCAGUCUGACCCUAGUCAUCCCAGUCAUCCUAUUCAACCCAGUCAUCCUAGUCAUCCCAUUCACCCUAGUAACCCUAGUCAUCCUAGUCAUCCCAGUAAUACCAGUCAUCCCAGUCAUCCAGUCUUCCUAGUCAUCCCAUUCACCCUAGUUACCCUAGUCAUCCUAGUCAUCCCAGUCAUCCUUGCAGCCUUGUCAUUCCAGUCAUCCUAGUCAUCCUAGUCAUCCCAGUCAACCCAGUCAGCCUAGCCAUCCCACUCAUCCUAGUCAUUGCAGUCAUCCCAGUCAACCCAUAGUCAGAUAGUCAUUUUAAAUUCUACAAGAAGAAUACUGCAGUGCUGAUCGUACUCCUUGAAAAUUAUAAGAAAAUUUACAGUGAUCCUUGUCAUCCUUUUCAUCCAAGUCAUCCUGGUCAUCCCAGUCAUCUCAGUCAUCCUGGUCUUCCUAGUCAUCCCAAUCGUUCCUGUCAUUCUAGUUAUCCUAGCUAUCCCAGUCAUCCCAUUCACCUUAGUCACCCUAGUCAUACCAGUAAUUGCAGUCAUCCUAGUAAUCCUGGCAUCCUGUUCAUCCUAGUCAUCCUAGUCAUCCCAGUCAUCCUAGUCAUCCUAUUCAUCCGAGUCAUACCAGUCAUCCCAGUUAAUCUAGUCAUCCUAGUUAUCCCAGUCAUCCUAGUCAUACCAGUCAUCCCAGUCAGCCUAGUCAUCCCCUAGUCAUCUAACAGAGCAGGAUUGUAGCCUUAGACAUCUGUUUUGCUAUUAUUGUAGCUCAUCAGUAUGGUGUAACAUCCAGAGAAAGCUCUGUUGAAAAAUAUGCGCGCACUCUGAUUUAAGCCCUAACCCAGAACUCCCAACUUUCAGAAUAGUGCCAUAUCAUGUGUCUCCUGGAGGGCAAGAGUCCAAGUGUCAAGUUGAUGUCUAGCAAAGAAUUUGAAUUGUCUACUUGUUAUUUUUGCUGAUCAGAUAGAUCCUAUGUUCUUCGGCAUAUUUGUUUGCGGUCCUUUGUAGUCCUUUGUGUUAAUGUUUGCACUUUAUGUAUUUUGGGGCUGUAGAUCUAUUAUAUAUCCAAUAUGCUGCAAUUUUUGCAUAGUUCUGUCCAUGUUUUUGAGGUUGGUUUUGGCCAAUCCUUUAAAAAUUGCUGCUUUUAUUGCAUGACCACAAUGACAGGCUAUGUUGAUCAGCUAAUUAUAAUUUAAGCACUAGAAUAAACAUGUUCUUACUUCCAAUAUGUUUUAAAAUUAUGUUAAAAUGCAUAUUUGUCUACCUCAAAAGAAUAUGACUAACUUUUGUAGCCUUCCCCAAAAUCCAAGAUGGCGGCAAAAAGGAGAUGGUGAACUACUGUUUUAUCCUUGCUAUCAUGCAUUUUUGUGAUGCUUAAUAGUCAGAGAUUAAGAUUAGACAAGUUUUGGCAGUUCCCCUCAAGUGAGCCCAUAAACCCAAAUUUUCGGGUCUCAGUUGAUCAUGAUGGCUUACUAGUCAUCUCAGUAAUCCUAGCUAUAUGAGUCAUCCUAGUAACCCCAGUCACCCCAGUCACCCUUGUUGCAUAUCAGUCAUUUUAUUCAUUGUAGUCAUCCCAGUCAUCCAUGGUAAUCCAAGCCAUCCCAGUCAUCCCAGCCAGUCAUCCCAGUCAUCCUAGUCAUCCCUAUCAUCCUUGUUUUACUAGUCAUUCACGCUAGUCAUCCUAGUCAUUCCAGUCAUCUAAGUCAUUCCAGUUACCCUAGUCAGGCUAGUCAUGCUAAUCAUGCCAGUCAUUCCAGUCUUCUUAUUCAUCUCGGUCAUCUCAGUCAUUUAAGUCAUCCCAGUUAUCCCCAGUCAUCCUAGUCACUCCAGUCAUCCCAGUCAUCUUAUUCAUCUCAGUCAUCCUAGUAAUCCUAGCAUUCCUUAUCACCCUAAAUUUAAUUUAAUUUAAGUGAAGCUAAGAUCAAACUCUAUAUAGAUAUAUUAAAACAAAUAUAUAUUACAUAAUGGCAACAUACAAUCCAUCAUUCUAAGAAACUACAAUUUUACAGCAUAUUUAAACAUGAUUAUAAAAUUUCAGUUUAUCUAGACUUAACUAGAAAUUCAACCAAUAGGAAAGACUUAGUGAAACUUCAUACAGACAACCACAAACUCAUGAUUGAGACUGGAAGAUAUGAUCAAACUCCCCACAACAAUAGAUUCUGCCCUGUUUUUAGCUCUGGUAUAAAUGAAGACGAAUUUCAUUUUUUCUUGCACUCUCCAAGUGUUCAACCUUAGGGGAAAAAUUCUUCGAUCAAAUCCAACAAAAUUUUGUCAUUUUAAUCAGCUAUCUUGCACAGAAUUAAUAUUAUUAAUCUGAUGAAUUCACAGAAUUUUUAUCUAAAUUCACUUUUGUUAAAAUUUGUCUCAUUAUGUAAUGAUUUAUGCAAUAAUUUGUUAUCAAAUCAUACUGAUGACACUUGAUUGACCGUUGUAAUCAUUGUUUUUUUUUAAUUGGCUUAUUAUCCCCUUUUUUCACAUAGUCCCAGCCUUAACUUCAAAACAGCAUGUUUCAAGCUUGUCAAAUAUUUAUUGUCGAUGUGUUUCCACUUGUUUAAUCUCAAUGUUUGAUCUUCUCUAUCUAGGAAAUGUUAUUAUGCUUUAUUCAUGUACAUAGGAUUUUCAUAGUGAUAUAAAGGAGUGUUAAGGUUUGUAGUAAGAAGUGACAAUCACAUCUUAAUCAGUUAAUAUCCUGACAAAAAUGUUUUUAUUUAUUUUUCUCAGGCAGAAACAAAUGAGGCAAACCGGCCAGAGGUUUAUAGAAAUGGACUGCAUUCUUUGGAGAGUCUGGAUUUAGAGGACAACAGCGUCAUAGUCUAGGAACUACAACUGGUUUGGUAUGUAUUCUGUCAGGAACAAUUUAUUACUAAUAGUUAUGCUACUUCAUUACAGAGACUUUUUUUUACACUUCACCUAUCACCCAGCCUGGGAGAUCACUGAGAGCACUUUCUAUUAAGUCAGAACUGACUGGCCAGACCAUUCCUGUCACAAGGAGAAUUUUACUUUGAAUCAAACUAUUCAGUGACAUCUACAGGAUGUCUGCAAGGCAAGAAAGAGAUGAUCUUUCAGCAAAAACUCUUUUAAAAAUCCUAUUUAAUUGUCAAAAUGACCAGUCCAGCCAUGGUCCAGCAAGCAAGUUCUAACUUUUUGAAAGCGCCCUGAGUGUUUGGUUAAGCUGAUGAGGAAGUGGACGUUUAGGGUGGUUAUAAUCACCCAGCUGUUGUUCUACAGUCAUUUUUAUUAGAAAUCGCUUAUUUUAUUUACUUAAAAAAUUAAUGUUUCUUGUGAUAGUCUUCACGAGUCAACGUAAUGCUGUUGUCAGAUCACAAAAUUAAAAAUUACAGAAUGUAGAAAGCUAAUAUUGUAGGCAAAUCUUUUGCUAAAAUCUUCAAUGAACAUUGAAAAGAAGCGAGACUUCAUUAAUUUAUUCUGGUAGGAAACGUUUUUGCAGAAAAGUGGACAUCAAUAUAUAGGUGCUGUAGGGAGACUAAUUCUUCUUUUCUAUUCCUUUCCUUUUGCCAUUUAACAGAACCCCUCACAUUUGGUGAUGUUCUGGAAGAUUCUCUGCCCAUCACAAGUUUUGGAUAUCAAAAACAUGUCUUCAGUUAAAGGGAUGACAUCUCAAGAAGAAGAAGGAUUGUGGUCCCCAUUGUAUUCAGGCAUUUCAGGUAUCAGUUUUAUCAUUUUUUGUAAUAUAAGACUACCACAUUUUGUUUAGGAUUUUUCCAGAGUUCGGUUUUCCAAAUCCCACACUUUCCCCCUUAAAAAGAAUUAUGUUUUCAGGCUCCUUCAUUAAAUGUGAUCUAUCCAUCCCACUCAUUUAGUUAACCCAAUAGUCCCAAUCAUUUUAGUCAUUCAAGUCACCCUAGUCACUCCUGUCAUCCUAGUUACCCUAGUCAUCCCAGUUAUCCUACUCAGUCUAGUCUAACCUGUCAUCCCUGUCAUCCUAGUUAAUGCAGUCAACCCAUUCAUCCCAGUCAUCCUGGGUACCCCUGUCAUUUUAGUCAUUCUAGUUAUCCCACCCAUCCUAGUCGUCUUAGUCAAAGAAGUUACCACUGUCAUGUCUGUUACCCUAGUCAUCCCAAUCUCUGAAGUCAUUGUAGUUGCCAGUCAUCUCAGUUAUCCUAUUCAACUCAAUCAUCGUAGUCCCCUACUCAACCCAGUCAUACCAGUCACC